AACUAGCAAGGGAGCCAUGUCAUCGGCUGUAUUUCCUUUGUUUUUAUAUCAAAAAUAUUUUAUUAAAUUUAACUUAAUUUUUAAAUUUUUUCGGUAGAUCUAUAUGUACCUAAUUGCUAACCUCUCUUAACCUCUGUGGCCAGCGCGCGCCGAGCAACCUUAUCACUUGCCAAGAAUCUUUAAAAUUGCGGUAAGGGGCGAAGAGCGAAGUGCUGUUCCGCCAACCCCUUACGGUUUGGGGAUGUUAGGCUGGCUACUUUGACUCUGGGCUAUACAGUGCUACGCUACGUUGCCUUAUUAUGGCUUGUUAGUUUGUACAAACCGGAACGUUCGAGGCAACUUCGUUCAUUUCGGAUUCGGAAGCACACAGUUGCCCCUCAACUGUCAACUUGAUGAGUGUCGCUGUUGGCAUGGAAUGCCGAAAGGUUUAUGUGAAAAGGCCAGAAUACAGUGAGGCAAGCAGCAUUGUUGUGAAGAAACUCAAGAGGGGAAUGUGAUUGCUAGGCCUACCGCCUACACAAGAUUAAGUGACAAAGAAAGUAAACAAAGUUGAGGAUGUUAAUGAAAUAUUGUACUGACAGAUGUAUAUAUGUUCUCUCUGUACUAUGUUCUACUUAUACUUCAUCAAUGAGAAAGAAAUGGCUCGACUGUACGGUAUGGGGAGCCUACAGGAGCCGAGGAAAGAGGAUGCUAUAUUGGUAGAUAAGCCAGGCCCCCACGAUAACUACUCGUGUUAUCGUCUGCAGAGCUCGUCUUCCCCGCAGAGCCCGUGUCCCAACACGCCGCCUCACUCCAGAGACCUGUACGGCAUCGUGAGGGAGGCUUGCGCUCAGCAGAACAUCAAGUGGCCCGUCGAAUGCCAGGUCAUACAAGACAAAGUCCACCACAUCGAGGACUGGCCGAUAUACCCGGAGGCGUUUUACGAACAGAGUGGAACAGAACUUCGACCGCAACCUGUAGGAGAUGAAAUAGGUCGCUUAGUUUACCACUACUAUCCAACUAGUUCUGUCAACUACUUUUCCCGCUCGUGUGUGGGAGGAAACAAGUUCCUAAACGAAGAUGUCCGGCCGCCCCUGGAAGACGAAAAUGACACCACCUUGCAGUUCGAGUCUAGGUUCGAGUGCGGGAAUCUGGGCAAGGCUGUGCAAGUUUCGGAGUGCUACUAUGAACUCCACUUGAGGGCAGACAUGUACACCUCCCGUCAUACGCAGUGGUUCUACUUUGCUGUUUCGAACACCCGGAAAGAUAUAACUUAUAGAUUCUCUAUAGUGAACCUGAACAAAGGGGACAGCCUUUACAACCACGGCAUGCGUCCCCUCAUGUAUUCGUCCAAAGAGGCCGAGAUUCAUUCUGUUGGAUGGAGGCGAUGCGCGACCAAUAUUGUUUACUUCAAGAACCAUGACAGCAGCGACAGCGCCUGCUUUGACAGCGACGACGACGGAGAAGACGACGCUCCUUCUUACACCCUGACCUUCAACAUCACGUUUCCACACGACCACGACACCGUUUACAUUGCUCAUUGUUACCCCUACAGUUACUCGGACCUGCAGGAACAUCUGCUUAGCAUUCAGAACGACGUAUUCAAGUCCACCGUCUGUAGGCAGCGGAUACUCUGCCGCUCUUUGGCGGGAAACCCAGUUUAUCUCUUAACGAUCACGAGUCCGGAACCAGAGGAAGACGGGAAGAAAAAGCGCGCCGUGGUGCUCACAGCCCGGGUCCACCCCGGGGAGACCCCCUCGUCAUGGAUCAUGAAAGGGGUAUUGGAUUUCCUCACUGCAGAUCAUCCCAAAGCACACGAUCUCCGGUCGCAGUUCAUUUUCAAAGUGAUUCCGAUGCUGAAUCCGGACGGGGUCAUUGUGGGCAACCACCGUUGCUCGUUGGUAGGUCGUGACCUCAAUCGCCAGUAUAAGAUGGUUGUCAAAGAGAUGUUCCCCGCUAUCUGGCAUACGAAAGCCAUGGUUCGCAGGUUAAUGGAUGAACACGGUGUAGUUAUGUAUGGGGAUUUCCAUGCCCAUUCGCGUAAGCACAACAUCUUUUUGUAUGGCUGUGAAAACCGUCGCAACCAAGACAACCAUUUGCGAGAGCAGAUUUUUCCUCUCCUCCUCCAUUAUAAUGGCGGGGAUAAGUUUAGCUUUCGCAGCUGCAAGUUCAAAGUGCACCGCUGCAAGGAAGGCACCGCUCGCGUGGUCGUCUGGAUGAUGGGCGUCUUGCACUCUUAUACAAUGGAGGCAUCCUUCGGAGGAGCUUCUGAGGGCCCUCGCGCAGGCACCCACUAUAACAUCCACGAUUUCGUGUCCAUGGGACGCCAGUUCUGCGAGACUCUCGUUGAGUAUUUCGAUCCACAGCCAAUCAAAGAGAAACUCAGGAAUAAGUUGUGGUCGAGGCUCAUAAAGAAAGGAUCCAACGCAGACGAACCGGCAUCCAUCGAUUUCAGCGAAACAAAUUCCAGCAGCGGGGAAUCCGACCACCAGGUGACCCCCGUGAGGCUGAGGAAGAAAAAGAUCCCCAGAAAUCCUCGAAGGAAAAUGAUCGGAGGGAGAAGCAGCGUCGCUCAGGUGGUGGAGAAGGUCACUUCGCAGAUGAGGAUGGAGAAAUCCGAACGUCGAGCCAAAGGUUUACAGCACAGCCGAUCUGGUUCCUCAGGUUCACCUGUGACCAGUUCCCGAGAGCCUCUACUCGGUGACCGGGUCAGUGGUGGUAGUAGACUUUCCUCUGGUGAUGGUGGUGCGGCCGGAGAUUCAAACCUGGACGGCACAGUCUACAAAGCUGUGACGGACAGCAGCGGCAAGCCGUGCCUUAAAAAACUCCUGGAGAGACCUCGGACCUCUACCAGUGUGCUUGACCCCAGCUCAGGACGUACCAGCCUUAGGCCAACCCAGUACAAGUUAGAAGAAGCUUUGCCCCCCACGCCCUGCUCAGCCCCCCCACUUCGCAGGUCCAGUCAUAGCCUGAUCCGUCCCACCCCACCACAGCCCUCACCUACCCCUCCUCCUCAUCCCCUUCUCCCUCCCCAUCAUCAUCCUCUUACCUCUGUACCUCCUCGGGAGAAUUCCGUCUCCCCGAUCCCGCCAGAGAAACCUUCCACUGGCUCUGUGAACGAGCAUUUAGCACACAGACUCAACAACAACAUCAACAAACACAGGGAUCUCGGCCAGAGUGACGGGUACGAGGUCGACGGGAGGGACUCGGCCGAGCCCAGGGGCUACCUAGACCUGGCGACCAAAAGCUACAUGGAGAAGAUGGGAGAGCUCAUGUCCAGCAGACAAGCCGUCAGUGACACCGAAGAAGGCAGCGUGAGCAAUUUCUGGGAACCAGAUCCUCAGCCCCGCAUUAUGCUUCCAGCCCCCAGGUACUCGCAUUCCAGCCUUCGGAGGUUAGACGCCCUAGAGCCCGUUGUGGCCAAAACUCGUCUGCAUGACCCCAGGCGUCCGGUGAGACCCGCACGGCCUCCGCAACUUUACACGUCCGUUCGCACGGCUCACGUCAUUCACAGAGGUACCUCUCGCGUCCAAAGGUCGGUCCUGACGCGGCGGGAUAAGCAGCAGAGUGACCACGCGAGGGAAAAGAAAAGGGAGAAGGACAUCGACAAGCAGUUGCAGUACUUGCAGGACGACGUCCUCAAGGAUACAAAGUCGACGCCCUAUUACGAUUCCAGGCAUCAUCAGUACGACGUUUGCGACAAUGACAAUCUGCUCUGGAUGAGGGGAUCUCACACGGAAACCGUCGACCUGAUGACCGAUCCCCUCCAUAACGGAAAUCUGACGUACCACCGUUACUCGUCGCAACCAUCGCAGCUGGACAUGGGUCCGUGUGACGAUCUCCUGGUGUCGGGGGAGGAGGUCGUCUUGAGGUUGUCCGUUCCCUCAGUGCCCCGAGUGAUUCCGGCGCCAAAAUCAGGCGACGAGUCUCCCUUCGGAACAGUUCCUCGGAGGUUGGGCAUGCGCAAAGUCAGCAGGAAGACAGGGACGGGAAAGACCUCCUCCAACAGAGACAUUGAUGAGGAGCAGCUGUGUGCGGACAUAGCCACGUGCGAUACCCUCUUUCUGGAUACCUCUGCGCAGGAAACGCCCGAGUUGAUAGCAGCCAGAAAUCUCAAGGGAAAAGUGAAAAAGAAGAAGGCUGUCAAGCCUAUAGGAGGAAAGGACUCUGAGAAGAAGAAAGAGGAGAAACAAGAGGAAGCCGAGGAAGAGAAGGGGGUGAAUGAAGAGUGUGGGAAUGUUCACGAAGACAACGAGAAAGAUAAUUCUGAGAGUCUACAACCAGACGGUAAAGUGAAGAAGAAGAUAAAGAUAGUUAUUGGUAAGAAAGUGAAAACUAAACCCAGUAGGAAAAGUUUAGCAGAAAAAGAUACUACUUUAGCUGACAAGGAUGUAUGAUUAAAAUGUAACUUAAGAUUGCCGCCUAUUACUUUUAUACUUCACUGGAAUUGUUGACGUAACAGUAGGAGAUUUUUUAGGUUGCUGCUAACGCUGGUGACAAACCACUUUUAGUUUUUUGUAUUUUCUCCUUUUUCAUUGGCAUUUGCUUCCUGUGAACGUAAAUGUUAGUGAUAAAGUAAAGUAUAGUUUAGAAUAAACCAGGGCCAUGUCAAUUUAUGUAAGUGCAGUUUGACAUAAACUGAAAUUCACGUAAGGUGAUGUCCUGAUGCACCAUCCAUGACUUCGAUAACGUCCUGAUAUUAUAAGUGAAUAGCAGUGUUUAGAAAAGUGGCGACCUAAGGUCAAGUAAGGUUAAGAAAGAUGCAAGGGCACAGUAAACAACAAAAUGGCCGAGUAAAUAUUGAAAUGCAAAUGUGGUUGUGCAGUAAAAUUCUUUUAUCAUAGUGAUUAUCGCUGGGUUUUUUUUAAAUCCUUCAUUGAAAGAAAUGUGCUUGGAAAAUGUUUUCCUUCAGAAUUUGUAAAAUCCACUCAUUUUUACUGUAAAAUGUAUAGUUACCCUUCUUUUAUUGUAUCACGAGUGUUCAAAUGAGAAUCAUUCUGUAGAGGAGUCCUCGGAGAAGCUGUGUAAUACUUGGGAGAACAAGACUAAAGAAAGAAAAUGAGAAUGACUGAGGCGCCGAAGGAAGGAGAAAAAGUUGGCUAAAAUGGCUUGAAUAAGAACUUGAGAGAACUGUUUAUUAUUGUUCACGUUGAGGUGUCCAGAAAAGCUUCGGUUGGUUAUAUGAAUAAUAGCAAAAGUUUGGCCUCGCCUAAAUUACGUGUGGUAUAUUUCACUUUUUUAAUACAGCUCAUUAUACUCAGUUUGUAUUCAUUAAUUAAGUACGAUGAAGGUAGUAAUGUAUAUAUUUAAAUAAUAAAACAAGUUUUUUUUAAUCCCAAAUUUGUCAGAGCAGUAUUUUGAAGAAACUUUUGCGAUAUGGAUAAAAAAUUAUAUAUACAAAAAAAACUAGCAGACUCGGAAUUCAGAGAAUGUACCUUGAAAGCAGGUUAGGUGAACUUCACCACUUCGUCAGAUAUCAGUCAAGCCAUCACUGCCACUGUAUGUGGUUCUCUCAAAAAGUGUCCGUGAAUUCAUUCCUGAAAAGAAGUCAGUGAUAGAAAUAACCGCAAUUAAUGUAUUGUUUUUCUGGACCAUGGUCGUCAUGUCCGGAGUAGUAGAAUAUUGUACUGUACACAUCGGAAUUCUGCAGGAGUGACGUCGACAAAGAUACAAGCGAGUGUUUUAAAGGCUCCGGCUGUUAUACCCUUUUGGGGAAAAUGCCGAUUUGCUUUCGAAGAUGUGUAAAUGUCCCAGAUUUGAGAAAAUGUGAUAUAUGCAAAGGGGACCAGAUAUUACACGAAAGGAUUUUGAGUAUCCUUUCCGAUAAUGUGCACUUUGACAGUGAACAACAUAACCGGGUAAAACUGAAAAAAAGAACUCUUCCCUUUGAAUAUGCCACUGUAAAUCUGGUUGGCUUGGUCUCUCCCACAGUAGACUUUAUGCGCAAGGUCUAUGUGUAACAGUUUGGUUCUCACUUGACCGUCAUUGUCUUGAUCUGUACGUGUGAGUGACAUAAACGCUUACUCUGCAAAUGAAUGCUCCGAAAUUCUUAGUAUAAAAAAUACAUCAUCUGUUUUAUGGCAUUUUAACGAAACUUUAUGCCACAUAUAUAUAAUCGAUGAGCGAAAACUUUUAUUUUUUGUCACAUUUAAGCUGACAACAGUUAUUCUUGCCUUUUCUUUAGUCUUUGACCAGUAGACACAAAAAGAAAUUAUCCCAACGUUAGAGGCACCGAGUUAAAAUUAUCUUUAUAUUCACAUAGGUAUCUUGGUAUCAUUAACUGCUUCAAAAAUCAUGCUCUAGGAGAUUAAGAUGUGUUUGUUUCUUUAGGAAAUCUUAACCGUAUUAGUACUGUUAUCUUUUUGUUUGGAUGCUUACGAAUAACAGAAUAACUGUUGUCAGCAUUAGUUCCCAUUACAAGAAUUGUUGCUGCAAACAAGUUUUACAUCGUCUUACGGUCAUUAGUGCUGUACUCAUUUUUUGUAUUUUGAAGACAUUAAAGUAUUUAAUAACAUUUUGUGGUUUCCAUCGUUUUAAGCUACAAGUUACCAAUACUGGCGUGAUCCGACCUCCAGCUUUCUCGGGACAUGUGCGAGAUUUUCCCCUUUUACAUCGUCUUAUGGUCAUUAGUGUUGUACUCAUUUUUUGUAUUUUGAAGACAUUAAAGUAUUUAAUAACACUUUGUGGUUUCCAUCGCUCUUAAAUACAGGUUACUGUCCUGUCCAUACUGUACCAACGUGUGUUCUGA